AUGUCUUACAGUUCUCAACUUGAGGAUCUGAUAGAAGAACUUGGAGGAUGCGGACUCAUGCAAAAACUUCUCUGUAUUACUAUACACUGCUCGUGUAUUAUUACAUUCUGGAGCAUACUCGCAAUGGCGUUCAUCGGCUACGACCCAGGUUUCACCUGUCACACGCUGGAUGUUAAAUUGUCCUCACUUUCAACAUUAAAUAUAAGUUACCUUUCCACUGAUCGCCUAUGCUCUGUUGGAUCUACAGCAACAUGCAGUUCGUACAUAUUUCGGAAUAGUUUGAAUACUGUCGUAUCAGAGUGGAACCUUGUAUGCGAAAAACGAUGGAUUGUGGCGUUCAUUACAUCCAUUCAGAUGGUAGGUGUUGUUAUAGGAUCAAUCAUUUCGGGUCAGAUCUCCGACUCGACUGGCCGCAAACCAACUAUGAUAGCAGGUGUAACAACAACGGUUCUUUUUAAUUUCGCUGGAUUCUUUGCACAGUCAUGGAAGGCCUAUUCGGUUAUUCGUUUCAUCAUUGGUAUAGGAUUUGGACUUGCCUAUACAGUACAAUUUACUCUAAUGAUAGAGUUUGUACCUUCGCAAUGGCGACCGUUAGCGGUGUGUUUCCCUUCGGAACCUCUCAUUUCUAUGCUUUAUGCGCUACUGUCCUGGUGGUUACAUGACUGGAAAAGAAUACAUUUGUUUAAAUCAUUCAUUGGUUUAUUCUUUCUUAUCAUACUUUGGUUUGCUGUAGCUACAACUUGGUAUUGUAUGGCCCUUGGAAUGGAGAGCAUUUCUGUUGACAUUUACAUGACCAUAUUCCUCAUCAACGUAGUGGAUGUUCCUGCAUAUUCUGCGACUGGCCCAUUAGUGAACAAAUUUGGAAGAAGGAAGAUUUGUUUUGUCGUCUUUGGUUUGACCGAUAGAAUUUCACAUAAUUCUGCGUCUCUCACAAUGGAAGCAUUGGUUACUUCAUUGCUAGCAAAAAUGACUUGUUCAACGGCAUUCACUGCUGUAAUUGUUUAUACAACGGAAUUGUAUCCUACAGAAAUAAGGACAACAGGUUACGGAUUUCAGGCAGCAGUUGGAAGACUUGGUGCGAUUGCCUCUCCAUUGUUAAUUCAUCUUGAUGGACUUUACCCUGGGUCAAUGUAUUUUAUAUGCGGAGUGUUAAUGAUCCUUUCAACCGGAGGUAUCUUAAGACUGAAGGAAACAAAGGACAUGGUACUGCAGGAUUCUGUUAAGGACAUCGUACCUCCUGGUGACAGAUAA